UUGCAUCGUAUGCUCCAUUCAUCCUACUCGCUCUUCUCUUCGCACUCUUCUUCUCUCACUAAGUCCAACUUCUCAUACAUUCACUCAUCCAUUCUCAUGCUUGAAGUCUCUGUCCGAGCCAUAACAAAAAGCAAGGCCUGCUCUUGAAUCGUGAAUACCUACUUCUUCAGGUCGAGAUACCCUAUCGGUCAUACCAUGCCCUUCGUGCCAAUGGACAAGCUCGGCAAUACACUCCAAUGCAAGCCACUCGCCCGUGGUCCAACGAGGGACAUCCAUCUCAAUGGCACCACUUCAUCUAUUCCACACGAUGAUGAUGACAGCCAUACCAUUGAUAUGGACGACGAGUGCAGCGACUUGGUGCCUCGCGCCUCUCCGGAUUCUCUACCUGGCGAAUUGCGAGAAGACUCACUAAUAUUCGACGAUGAUCCCGAGUACGACAACGAUCCUACACAUGAUGGUGUCUCGCCCGAAGAAGCCCAGAAGUAUCUACUGCGACCCCAGACACGCCAAGUUGCCGGAGGCUUCACCACCACUUGGAUCGAUCAAGAUCAAACCGGAGAUUACGAUCCGAGUGAAGAGCAGCGCCAAGAACGACUACGACGGCAGCGUGCAAGACUGCGGGGAAAGGAUUGUGCAUCCUCGAUUAGACGCUGUCUUGAAGACACGGAAGGGAACGGCGAGACCGGGCCGAAGGAGAAUCUCCGAUGGUUGAUCACGUGCCGCUUUUCAAGUGAGGCUGGGAGGGCAAAAUUUGCACAUGCGGUCGCCAAUCUCCUGGUCGUACGUCCAGCCGGUGACGAAACCCUCACUGGCCGCGAUCUCCGGAAGCGAAAGCGAGUCUUGGAUUUCGCGUACAACGAUGCAGGGGAUUACAAGAAGGUCUGUGCGGAGCUGAAUCUCCCAUCUGAUCCAACCGGCCAUCCCUUCGCGAGAGGCUGCUUGGGAUGCCUCACCCUCGGACAUGAAUGCUCCCUCCUGCACGACGAGGCCACGUGGCCAUGCGAAGAGUGCUGGAGGGAAAGGCACGAUUGCAUCCUCGUCACUCCUCCAGUUCGCAAACGCGCAUGUGAAAGGUGUAAGGGCAAGCGGUCGGCGUGCUCGUAUAGCUACACUCUCAAUCAUGGCGAUGCAUGCCAGCAGUGUGACAAUGCCGGGUAUUGCUGUGUGGCGGGUCCAGCGAAGGAUGCCAUCAGGACUCGUCUCCGGUAUCCGGAAGAAGAAGGUGCGAAACCAGUACCGGUGAAGAAGGCGGCAGUGAAAGUGAGAAAUUACCUGCCUUGCGUGGAGUGUACUGAGUCUGGCCGCCGGUGCAAUUUUCAAGACGCAGGAAACAUCGGUCAGGCUUGCGAGGGCUGUAAAGAAAACGGAGAGCCUUGCACGAUUGAGAGCUUGGCUCCGCAGCAGCGCAACCAGGCGCGAGCUUCCGACACUUCAAAUGAGGCACAAGCUCCUGGAGUUCCUGACGUAAAAGAGGGCUCAGCAUGCGCCGACAAAACUCCGUCUCCCCAACAGGAAGCAAGAAGCGAGUCGACAAGCGAAAUCUUCAAGUACAACCAAGAAGCCCGGAAGACCAUUGAGACGAGAUUCUGCCACCCCAUCGCCUUCAACCACCAAGACAACGCUGCAGGUACGCAGCCCUGCCACUUCUGCACCGAGCCAUCAUACGCGAUUCUCGGCCUGGAAAGACGGCGAGUCACGGUCGUCGAAGAGGAGAAUGGAAGCGGGAUGCAAGAAAUCAGCGGAGGACACAAGAGCGAUGGAGUAGAGAACACACGAAUGUGCCCAUGCUGCACGCUGAGAAGACUCUCCAUCAUCAUGUGCUCGGAGCACGAGUUCAGACGUCUCAGCGGCGGAGCAUCAUCGCGUGCUGCAGGGGACAAGAGCACUGCGUGGAUGGAACUGCUCUCGGGUCAGGUGCAGACGGACAGGCAGUGGUGCAGUGUCUGUCCCUCGCCGGCGGCGUAUUCUUGUUGCAGGGAGGGCGAGAGCGGCCAACAAGGCUGCGGGCUGAAGCUCUGCGGGCGUUGCAGGGUGGCGCUCGCUUGCUCUUUCGACGGAGAUUUGCAGAAGAUGUUGGGUGGCUUAAAGGAUGAGUCUACCGAAGAGAGAAUGCUGGGCCUCCGGGCCGAUUGGGAUUUGCUCAAGCAAGACGGCUUACUCAUGCGGUUUUUACUUACUGCUGUCUAAAAAGUAGGAGGAGGUAGCCGGCAAAGGGCCGUAAAGAUAAGUAUAAAGACAGGCACAAGGCCAACAAACAAAUCAAAAAGCAACCGCAACACCGUGUCGUUUGCUCAUCAGGCCAAGAGCUUCCAUCCCAAACUCCAGUCCUUGGCUAUGUCAAACAGUCCCUGACGUCCGGGCCGCCUACGUCUUGUUGAUCAAUCAAGCGCCGUUC